AUGUGGAGACGAGCGCUGCCGUCACCGUCUUCAUUCUCCGGCCGAUCCGCCACUCCAGGCAUCGCCGCGAGAUUCUUCUCCUUCGCCUCUUCACAGCCGCCGCCCUCGACGACGCCCUUUCCCGUUUCCUCUUCUCCGAGGACCACCACUCUCUUCUCCUCAGGUAUUCCAAUUCGAGUCCUCCAGCUUUUAUCGACUGCUAGCUGGUUCGUUAGCUUUGUUUUCCCCCCCUUCAUCAACGAGAUUGAGCUUGCGUCAGGUAAAAUUCCGAAGACCAAGGUUGAAAAUGUGAUGCCGAUCGCUACCGGACACGAGCGAGAGGAACUCCAGGCCGAUCUUGAGGGAAGGAACAUUUUAGAGAUCAACUAUCCCGUCGGUCCUUUUGGUACAAAGGAAGCUCCUGCUAUUGUGAGGUCUGUUUAUGACAAACGAAUAGUUGGAUGCCCCGGUGGCGAAGCAGAAGAUGAGCACGAUGUGGUGUGGUUCUGGCUGGAGAAAGGCAAGCCUUACAACUGCCCUGUCUGCUCCCAGCAUUUCAAGUUGGAAGUGAUUGGCGAGGGAGGCUCGCCCGAUGGCCAUGGAGAUGAUCACUAA